AUGAGCAAAAAAAAAUAUUUAUCAACUUUAGGAAUUGAACAAGACAAUCAAGAUGAAGAUAAUAAUGGUGAAAUUAAAUUUGCAGUUAGUGGUUCAAACGGUUAUGAUGGUCAUGGUGAUAGAUCAAGAGGUUGUGAUAGUUGUGGUGGUAGAUUAAAAGGUCGUGAUAGUCGUGAUGGUAGAUCAAGAGGUCAUGGUAGUUGUGAUGAUAAAUCAAGAGGUUAUGAUGGUCAUGAUAGUGAAUCAAGAUGUCGUGAUGAUCAUGGUAGUAGAUCAAGAGGUCGUGGUAGUCAUAGUGGUGGAUCAAAUAUUUUCUAG